CUAAUGAGUUGCUGGCUGGGAACAGAGUCAGGUCGCUCCAGGCUGCUAGCUAAGAUGGAGGAUUGGAGUGAGCAAAGAAUGGACAUGUAUUGAAGAUUGUAGAUAGAGGUAUUCGUGCGUGUUUUCUGUACAUAUGGAGGAGUUUUUAGAAACUGAUCAUGCCUAGAAAGGGGAAUGGACAGCUGCCGUUACCGGAUGGCUGGGAAGAAGCGAGGGAUUAUGAUGAUAAAGUGUUUUAUAUCGACCACAACACCAAGCAAACCAGCUGGAUCGACCCCAGAGACAGGUUAACAAAACCCUUGUCGUUUGCAGACUGUGUGGGAGAUGAACUCCCGUGGGGAUGGGAGGCUGCUUACGAUCCUCAAAUUGGCAUCUACUACAUGGACCACACUAACAGGACGACCCAGCUGGAGGAUCCCCGGAAGCAGUGGCGGAAGGAGCAGGAGCGGAUGUUGAAGGAAUACUUGACAGUGGCGCAGGAUGCCCUCAGCACUCAGAAGGAGCUCUACCAAGUGAAGGAGCAGAGGCUGGCACUGGCCCUAGAUGAGUAUGUGCGUUUGAACGAUGCCUACAAAGAAAAAUCCAGCUCCCGGACAAGUUUAUUCUCAGGAUCUUCUUCAAGUACAAAAUAUGACCCUGACAUUCUAAAAGCAGAAAUAUCAACUACAAAAGUCAGAGUAAAUAAGCUGAAGAGAGAACUUUCACAAAUGAAGCAAGAACUUCUGUACAAAGAACAAGGCUAUGAAACCUUACAACAAAUUGACCAAAAAAUUGAUGGAGGCCAGAGCGGGUACGAGCUGAAGGAAGUGAAAGCCAUUGUGAGUGAGCUCAAAUCCAUUCGGAAAGCUAUCAGCUCUGGAGAGAAAGAGAAGCAGGAUCUGAUGCAGAGCCUGGUGAAGUUAAAGGAGCGAUUCCAUUCAGACCAGUUCAUAGACCCUGAUCUACGCUCCACCUCGGCAGGAUCCCACCUCUCCCUGUCCAGGCAAAGGCUUGAUGCUGGCUCUCAGACUGACAUCUCCGGAGAGCUUGGCUUGAGAAGCAGGUGGAACCUCGCUGAAAAGGUCAGGCUAAGUCUGCAGUAUGAAGAAGCCAAGCGAAGCAUGGCUAAUCUGAAGAUUGAGCUGGCGAAGAUGGAGAGUGAGGCGUGGCCGGGCGCCCUGGAUGUGGAGAAGGAGAAGCUGAUGCUGAUCAAUGAGAAGGAGGAGCUCCUGAAGGAGCUGCAGUUUGUGACUCCCCGUCGACGCACGCAGGACGAGCUCGAACACCUGGAGACUGAGCGCCAAAAACUAGAAGAGGACUUGCUCUCUGUCAAGAGCACACCCAGCCAGGCACUAGCUCAGAGAUUGAAAUUACAAGAGAAGAGAAGGGAGUUGAUGCAGAAAUUGGAAGAGUCCACAAGACUUGCGAUGCUCUUACAUUCGCAGCUUAAAAGCCUAUCUGCUAGCACAUUGUCUGUGUCUUCAGGAAGCAGCCUGGGCUCACUGGCGUCCAGCCGAGGUUCCCUCAACACCUCCAGCAGGGGCUCUCUCAACUCCCUUAGUUCCACCGAUCUCUACUACAACCAAGCAGAUCAGAACACGGACCUGGACUACCAGUACAAACUGGACCUAAUGCUGCAGGAAAAGACUGGUUACAUUCCCUCGGGACCCAUCACCACCAUUCAUGAGAACGAGGUGGUCAAGUCCCACGGCAACUUGCGCUUCACAGACUCUUCUGAAUCCCCUGCUCUGUGCCACACGGUAAAGUCCACAGAGCCUUCCAAAUCGAUGACGUCGCUUUCCUCCAGGUCCUCGUUGUCCUCCCUGUCCCCUCCCAGGUCACCCCUUGUCAUGGAGGGAGCCUUUUUACAGUCGACACAAGACUCUGUAACCACAGACUUUGAGGACUGUGAAAUUGCAGAAGACUUUGCAGGCCUAGACUUUUAUGAGAACCACAUUUUAUUAGACUGUGGAACAGGAGCCGGACAGUUUCUCCCUGGAGACAAGGAGCACAGUGAAGAACUCGGGCGUCCCCUCUCCACAUUACGGGAAGAUUCUGAUUUGCAAAGAAGAGGUGCAGGUCAUUUACUUGAAGGGAAGACGGCGUGCGUGUCUGCAGCUGUAUCUGACGAGUCGGUUGCUGGAGACAGUGGCGUAUAUGAAGCGUCUGUCAAACAGUCAGUUGAAGUGGAAGACACGGUUUAUAUUGAAGAUGAUCUCACAGCCUUAGAGGCAGCUCAAGUUCAGAUUGGACUCAAAUAUGAUGCUACUAAUUUCAGUUUUGUAAUAAUCAUAAUGCAGAUGCGAAAUCAGACCACUCUUCAGGUGCCACAUGGUACAAAAAUGUACUUUAGAGUUGCCUUACUUCCCUCUUCAAAUGACACCAGCUGCUUGUUCCGCACUAAAGUCCUCACUAUGGCAGACACCAUUGCCUUCAAUGAAAUCUUCAGGGUCGCAGUAUCCCAGGUCAUUCUGCAGCAGAAGACCCUGAGAUUAGAUGUCUGCACUGUGGGCAACACCUGCCAGGAAGAAUGUCUGGCUGGAAUGCAGAUAAGCUUAGCAGACCUUUUGUUGUCUGGUGAAAUCUCAAGCCACUGGUACAACUUGUUGCCUUGUAAGAAUAUCUCAAGCCAAACGAAUGAAGCCGAAAAAAAUGAAGAAAUAGCUCUGGUACUCCCUGAUCAGCACUUGGGCGUUGUGGAUUUAGAUGCUGUGUCUGCAUUGCUGGAAAGGACCUCUGCUGAGCUGGAGGCGGUGGAACAGGAACUUGCACAAGAAGAGAGAGAUGGGCAGAUGGAGGGAGGAGAGGAAUGGAUGGCGGUGCUUAUAGAGGACACAGGUGAGAUGGCCCUGGAAGAGGAGGUGGGUGAGGAGGAGGAAGCUGAAGCUAAGAUGAUGGCAGAAGAUGAUUUUGCUGCCUGUGCCCAAUCAUACUCUGAUGGAAAUUCCAUUUUGACAGCUGAAGGACCAACAUUGGUGGACAAAGAAACCAACACUGAGGAGACAGCUCCUGAGAAUGUGGCAGUCAGGCCAAAGGACAGAAACAACCUCAACUCCAGGCAGAGGUCAUUUGUGAGGAACAGCAUGAUCGUACGCUCCCAAACCUUUUCCCCAGGAGAGCGGAACCAGCAUAUCUGCAGGUUGAACAGAAGCGACAGUGACAGUUCAACACUAGCCAAAAAGUCUCCCUUUAUACGAAACGCUUCAGAAAGACAGAGUCUGAGAGUGAAACGGACUAUUUGUAAGCCAGUGAUGAGACGGGCGGCUCAGGAACACCCUUUCCGAACAUCUCUGGACUUGGAGCUGGAUCUCCAGGCAUCACGGACCCGGCAGAGUCGCCUGGACGACGAACUGGAGGCGCUGCGGGACAUGAGGAAGAGGCUGGAUGAAAUAAAGGCCCGGGGGGAGACGGAGCUCCCUCGCUGCAUCCUCGAGGACGAGCGCUUCCAGAAACUCCUCAAGCAGGCAGAGAAACAGGCUGAGCAGUCUAAAGAAGAACAAAAGCAGGGGUUGAAAGCUGAAAAACUGAUGAGGAAGGUGUCUAAGGAUGUGUACAGGUUGCGGGAGCAGAGUCAGAAAGUUCCCCUGCAGGUUCAGUCAUUCAGGGAGAAGAUGGCCUAUUUCACCAGAGCAAAGAUCAAUAUACCAUCUUUGCCAGCAGAUGAUGUAUAAUUAUAUUUUAUAGGAACAAUGAAGUAUUUUUUCCAGUUCAACGUUUUAGCAGAAUAUUUUGAUAGUAUAGCUACUAAAAAAAAAAAAAAAAGAACAAUCUUUCUUGCGGUCGGUUUUACAGCAUAGAAAUAAUGUAUUUGUAUAAUAAAUUGUAAUUGAAUACAUUUUAUGUACAGGUUUCUUUCUUCAGAGAAAACCAAAAUAGAAUAAUCCUGGUACAUUUUAAGGCUAAUGUGUUUGUACAGUUUGUAUGUAGUCUUGGCAUGAUUUUAUUUUGUACAGAUGGGACAAAGGAACCAUGGCAGUAUGUAUUUUAUUGAACAGCACUGCUUUGAGAAAUAAUAUUCAGUUUGACAGAAUAUAUUCUGUGAUUAUCACUGUUUUCAUGUGAGUCGACUGUGACGACUGGCUAUCACCAUGCAGUGUUUGUGUAUGCUGAUGAAAGUUUCAGUGUGAAAUACAGAGCGAGUGUGUUCUUCCUAUUCUGAACUUGCAAAACUGGUGCUGUAUAGCUCAUCUUCGUCCUACAGUCCCCAUUUGGAGCAAAAAGAAAGGCUUCUUGUGAAUGUACAGUGUUUUAUUUUUUGUUACUGCACUGAUUUGUUUUUUUAUUUUUGAUGGAAUUGUUUCACAGGAAUAUUUUUUAUACACACACUUGCACAGACAGUGCACAUAUUAUAUCAAAAUAUGUUGGAACAAAAUAUACCUUUUAAAUAUAACUUACUCUGGUUCUAAAGUCCUACAACAAGAAAUACUGUCACUUUGGUCAAGCUAAUAACUUGGGGGGGUCUUUCACAGUAUGUAUACAAUAUACGGUCGUUGAGAGAAACAUUGGGUGGCUUUAAAGCAUAUCCUAAGGAAAUACACAGAGGAAUUGUAUUUGAAACAGGUAUAGCGCCUACUACAACUCCCCUGCACAUUUCUUCAAAUGUAGGCAUUUAAUCUAAUACAAGAAAUCUUAGUGGUUUAGUUUAAAAGUGUAAUGGGAAAGUUAGACUACCGAUUUGUUUGCUUCUGUUUCAUUAUUCCCUUUACUUAUAUGCUAGUGUCAAGCUUAUAGGGCAUGAGCUCAUGUCGUCUUCCCCAAUUCUGGCAUCACAAACCGAAUGGGGCACUCAACCCACUUCUACUCUCCAUUCUCAGAAUCUGUUGUGGUUUCAAGUCCGGGAUGACACCUGUCAUACAGCAUGCCAGCUCAAGCCCUGAGAUUCACUACAGCUCCUUGAAAGCAGUGCAUGGCAAGGUAUACAACACCUUGCGAGGCACGCCUACCAGUAUAAUAUUGUUUAGCUGAUAUCUUAUUUAAAAAUAAUUUUAUUUUAUUAUUUUUUUUGUACAGGCUAGUUUGUUGCAAGCACUAUCUGUUCUACCGUAGUACAAGAGACGGAUUAAGGCCAUGGAAUACAAAAUGUUAUUUUGUUAAAGGAACAGAAAUGAAGGAUAUUUGCAGAAAGCAUAAAAAAAAGUGUAACAAUUUUGGAUGAACAAGCUUUCAUCACAGGCCAAGACAAGCUCACAUAGAAUUAAUUCAGCAUCUUUUAUUAGAGAUUAGAAUGUCCACCUAACACUUUGCUUAUAAACAAGAAAAAAAUUAAUUAUAU